AUCCUCGUUUGAGUUUCUGCGGGGGAAAGACAUGUUUUGGCGGAGGAAAAGUAAAGCGCGAACCCGCUCCGCGAAGUCCUCGAAGCCGACAGCGAAGAGGGACAUUACCGAGAGUUGUUCGAGUCUCCCCGUCGAAAAAAUAAGACCGUAAAUCUUUUCUCUGACGACAGAGAGCGGAAAAAGGCUCUGUUUUGGACUGCGCUGCAGAUAACAGACGAAUGGAAAUAGUGCAGAAGAGAAUUUUGUGGAAGAUACGAAAUUAAAGAGUGCCUUAAAAASUACAAAAGAGGAGUGUGACAUAAUCUGCUGCACUUUGUAAACUGUGAAGAAAAGAUGAGACCCCUGAAGAAAAACAGAAGACGUUCUCCUCCGUUAACAAGAGGCAGAGGGGGGAAAAGGAGGGGGGGUUCUCAGCCUCUCCAAGAGAAAGACCCCAAAAAAGUCAAGAAGGAGAUUCUUGCCAAAACCACCCAGCACGCACCGAGCACCUUCUCCAAACACAAACACAGCCCGCCACACACAGACGCCAUCUCAGAUAAAGAACCAACAACAAACAGCAAUAUCGGCACGAAGGAGGAGCCUACUGAGCUGAAGAAACCUGUGGAGUCUGAUAAGAUGGACAGAAGGAAAGCAGAGGAAAAAGAAAUGGAAAAAUUAGUGGGCACAAACGGGAAUAGUGCUAACUCUGUAGCACUACUGACCUCUGCUCCAGCAACACUUUCCAAAGCUGCACCCUCGCAGUCCACCAAUCACACCCCCAGUUUAGGCUCCGUUUCAAGCCGGAAAACAGCCACUUUUAAGGCCCGUGUACCCAAGAAAAAUUACGUAUAUGAACACUUUGCUAAAAAUGCAAGUGCUACAAGUAAUAUUUCUACCUCCAUCCCUUCAUUCAUUAUUAACAAUUACUGCAAUGCCAACAACAAAGUUGGUGAUAGUGUGAGUACACCCAAUAACACUUUAAAGAGUUGUAAUAUUAGUAACAGUAUUAAUAAAAGCAUUAGUGUGAGCACCAAUAGCAGUACUCUCAGUAAUACUUCAGGUGGUAUUAACUGUAAGUCUAGCAGUAGUAAUAAAUGUGCUGGGAGCCAUAGUACUUCUCUAAAUAGCAGUAAUAUUGGAAGUGAUUAUUGCUCAGGUAAUCAGCCGUCAGUGCUAACUGUGGACAGUAAACUUAAAGAAGUGAACCAUUUUGUAUGCAUGAAGGAUAAAACCCUCAGGACAGCACCCCAUCAAGAAAAAGACUCACUACCUGGUGAAAAUGAACUAGAGGGGGCACCCAACUCAGUACGCUCCUCCUCCACAGAUACAGCUAGUGAACACUCUGCUGAUCUGGAUGUGGUCGAGGCAACAGGACCAAACGUUCAUCCAAACUGUCACAGCACAGCUCCUCUCCAUAACUCCCUCCUCAAAGAGGUCAGCCUCUCAGAGGGGCUGGCUGAUGCUAUGGCAAAAGGCAUGAAGAACCAGAGAGUGCUAGCUCGGCAAAUAAAGAUGCCUAUGAAGACUGUGGGCAGUGGAGAAUCGUGCCUCCGGUCUCCUGUGUUUAGACCUGGGGUGGUGCGUACAGUGACUGGGGGUACUGUUGAAGUUCAGCUACAAGGAGAGGAGACCCUCGUUAAAUACUCUUUGUACGAUGGAACCAGGGUGACACCAACCUCAAAAGCGGAAAACACUGUGGACUUCAUUUUAGACGCCCCUCCACCUGGCAUGUCACCUGUGGCUGUCGGGACACGAGUAUGUGUACCGUUUGGUGGAGAGGAAGGGGGCCUCCUGAUGCACAGAGAAGGGAUUGUUGUUCAGGUUGAAUCCCACCCUGGGGUCUCAUUUCCUUACCAGGUGCUUCUGAACGAAGAUGGAGGAACUCUGGGAGGAGGAGUCGGACAGGAGAAGGUGGAGAGAAAAUUAACUGGUCAGGCUGUUUGGGUUUCUCGACAGAGCCUUAGGCUGCUCACCCCUCCAUGGGAGGUCUCACAGUUAGAUGGUGGGAGGGCAAAAGAAAGUGACCGUGAGAGGGAGAGAGAGGAGAGGGAGCGGAGGGAGGAAAUGGAGGUAGAGAGAGAAGUCUGCCAGUUAAGUAGUGGAAUGGGAAUGCUGGGAGGUGGAGCAAGGUUGGGUCAUGGAUUCUCACAUGAAACAGUUGCAGGAGGACAUACUUAUGGAAGUGUACAUCCACCCAUAAAUUCCUCCACUGUAACUACUGGUAUUGUAGCAAUCACAGUUCGUGAAUGUGGAAAUAAAUUCUCUGACAGAGAAAGACAGAAACAGCCCAAUACUCUAGAGGAGGAUGUUGAGGUAUCUCAUUUUAAUAUGGCACAUACCACUAGUCCAAGUUCAAAUGUUGGGACCUCUCAGCGCAAAAACAUUGUUUCCAAGUCCAGUGGAUUCCCUCCCACCUCCCCUCAGCUAUCUUUGGUGCGGGGUGCAGGCCCACCCCAUCACCCUACCAUCACAUGUCCUCAGCCACCCCCCUCUCCUGCCUCACUGACAACUGAAAUAAGCAACAGCACUUCAAACCUACCUCCAUCCAAAACCACUCCCACCCAGACUUCUACACCCACUUCUGGCGUGGGCACUUCCUCGGCCUCCACUCAUUCCAGGACUCCCCUUUCGUUAGCUCAGCAGAAAUACAAAAAGGGUGAUGUGGUAUGCACGCCUAAUGGCAUCCGUAAGAAGUUUAAUGGAAAGCAGUGGAGGAGGUUGUGCUCCAGGGAUGGUUGUAUGAAAGAGUCUCAGCGCCGGGGAUACUGCUCUAGACACUUGUCCAUGAAGACCAAAGAGAUUGAGGCUGCAGGAGGAGAAAAAGGAGGAGGGGGAAGCAGCUCAGGAACAAUCACACCUUCAGAUCUUCGAGGUAGAACAAGCAGCGAGUUUGAGUGGGACGACACAUCACGAGAGAGCAGCGAAACCAGUAGCAGAGGAGACUCCAGACCACGCUUGGUCCUCCCUUCACUCCUUCCUCAUGAACUAUCAUCACGGUUUGAUUUUGACGAGUGUGAGGCUGCCAAUAUGCUUGUGUCAUUAGGAAGCUCCCGCUCUGGCACCCCAUCCUUCUCCCCUAUCUCCAAUCAGUCUCCCUUUUCCCCUGCCCCCUCUCCCUCACCCUCGCCACUGUUUGGUUUCAGGCCGGCAAACUUCUCACCGAUCACCGCGUCGCCAGUCCUGCAACACCGGAGACACAGGCAGCCCAGUGGCACAGGGGGAGGAGGGGGAGGGGGCAGUAAACCAAUGACCCAAGUUGGAGGAGGAGAAAGGGAGAGACAUGCUUCAGGUAUCCAGCCCUCCAGCCAAACCAACCUAACGUUUACAGUCCCCAUGAGUCCCAGCAAGAGAAAACCCGAUGCACUUCCUCCACCCCAGCUCCCCUCACACCAUCACGAUUACACACCCAAAACAGAGCUGGAACAGGGAGACCUCAACAACUCUUUCAGAGUGCUGUCCCCCCAAACUCCAGCAUCACAUUCCCACACACACACGCCGACCUUCCCCCAACCUAAAGGACUGAACACCCCCUCCUCCAGCAGGCCCCCAUCCUCCUCUGCUGUCUCACCCCCUCCUCUGCUAGUGUCUCCAACUCCUCCUUCUCCUUUAACUACCGAUGGGGGGCCUCGACGCCUGGUCCCUAUAUCCCAACAGACCUUGCGUGACUCUCCUGUCAUUGUGAGGAAUCCUGAGGUCCCUCUGGCUAAAUUUUCAGAGUCUCCUUUGGAAAGAGGAGGCGGCAGAAACGAGGGAGGGGGAGAUAACACCUCAUCUAAAGACAUAACCCUAACUUCCCUCACUCCUCAACCUGUAACUGGCCUCCAGGUUCCUGUCCCAAUUAAUGCAGCUGCAGCCACAGUACCCAAGGGUGGAACUGUCUUCUUGCGAAGCCCAGCCCAAACCUUGGUACUUGUGUCCCCGACACCUUCUUCCCUGCCUACCAGCGACACUCCUGUCAACGCCCUCCAAGCCCUCUCAGUUACCGUCAGCACAACAGUGACAGCUCCUUUGCCGAGUAGCACGGACAGUUCUGGAGAACGAGAGGACAACAGGGGGGCUGGGUUCGGUGGUGAGGUCCAGCAGCCAGUCCCCUGUCACCCCUCUCCCACUGCUCUGUUACCCCUGAUCCUGCCAGCAGAAAGUCUGCACCCCGUCCCUCGAAAAGAGAUUAUCAUGGGACGUCCUGGCACAGUGUGGACCAAUGUGGAGCCCCGGUCAGUUCCAGUCUUCCCCUGGCAUUCAUUGGUUCCUUUUCUGGCUCCCACCCAAUCAGAUGCUUCUUCUCAGCCGGGAGAGGGUCAGCACCCAGUCAACCACCCUCAAGCAGCCACUUUAAAGACAGAUUGUCAAGGGGUGGCAGCGUURUCACAGGAGGCUGCAGAGGCACCUCCCAUCAUAGAGAGAGGUCCCCCACCUCGGCCUCCACCCUCCUGUGACGAGCCACCUCCAGAGAAGGAGAAAGGAGAUGCAGAGAGGGAGAAGCCAGACAGCGAAACUGAAAGCGAUGUGGACGACCCCUUUCUCCCAGGAGUUGUACCAGAGCAGCCCCUCUCCACAUCUCCAGUAAAGAGACGUACUCAGUCUCUCAGUGCACUUCCCAAAGAUGGAGACAAGAACAGCCCAGGAAAGAGGGAGAAGGAUCACAUCCGACGGCCGAUGAAUGCAUUUAUGAUUUUCAGCAAGCGCCACCGAGCAUUAGUGCACCAGCGUCACCCAAACCAGGACAACAGGACAGUCAGCAAGAUACUUGGGGAGUGGUGGUAUGCUCUAGGGUCCAAGGAGAAACAGAAGUACCAUGACUUGGCCUUUCAGGUCAAAGAGGCCCACUUUAAAGCCCACCCAGACUGGAAAUGGUGCAACAAAGACAGGAAGAAGUCCAGCUCUGAAGGUCGAGGGAUCCCAGGGACCAAAGAUAUCAGAGAGAGGAGCAUGUCUGAAACUACAGAGCCACACUCUGUGGAUCUGAAAGGUGUUGGGCCAGGACUGAUGGGCGUGUCUGAGAGGAGUACAGGAGAGGGACACGUGGGUCAGCUUAGUCGCCCCAGAGCCUUCUCUCAAAGUGCCAUGCACAGCUUAGAGCGGGGCGACAGGGGCAACACGCAGGCUCUGGCAGAACUGGCACAGAUGUGUGGAGAUGGUGGCAGUCAGUUUGCCAGUCACGCUCCUACACCCUCUCAGACUCAGCGGGGGGUUAGCGAGGACAUGACCAGUGAUGAGGAGCGUAUGGUCAUCUGUGAGGAAGAAGGAGAUGAUGAUGUUAUUGAGGACCCUUAUCCCGGCAGCUCCAUAGAUCUUAAGUGUAAGGAGCGGGUGACUGACAGCGACAGUGAGAACGCUUCAGGAGAUGAAGGAGAUCGGAAGAGAGUAUUUGCUCCAGUCAUCUGCUCUUCUGCAUCAUCGUCUUCGUCACACCACACCCCUCAUGGCAGGAGCGUCUCACUGUCCUCCUUCCCCAGCAGCAGGCGUUACGAUGAGGGGAGAUCUGGAGGAGGAGGGUUUUCGGAUCAUCGAAGGAAGGAAAGAGGUGAUGGAGGGAGCAGGGACGCUCAUCUGGGCGAGGGAGGUGGAGGUGUGCAAGCUUCUUCUCUCUCCAUCUCCUCUAGUCAACCAGUCAUGUCCACUUCUGCAGCCGGAGGAGCUCCGUCCUCAUCGGCAGGAGCAAACCAGCUCCUGGGCAUUGGCGCGGUGAGGCUGGCCUCCACAGUGGUGACGAAUGUAAUGCGUCCAGUUAUCAGCACACCGCUCCCCAUCACCAGCAAACCCAGAGAUGGAGGCCCUUCAUCCAGUCCGCAUCCUCCAGAGAGGAAGUCCUUAACUCCCCAGCAGCAGCCACAGCUUCUGAUUGGUCCAGGAGCAGGGGGUGGGGCUGCAGCCACAGUGGGUGGGGCCUAUCCUUCAUCAUCACCAAAUCCUACAGGUGCAGGUAUGGGCCAAGGUGGUGUAGUGACUAAUUUAGUGUUACCAGGGGCUCUGCCUGGACAGUCUGCUGUACAGCUCAUCACCCCCUCCCCCCAGCCUCAGCCGUCCCACCAGCAGGCACUUCCCUCCAGCAUGGUUUCAGCUCCACAUAGCCAAACCAACGGACCCCUGCCCCUGCUUCAGCCCCAGUUCCUUCCUGCCUCCUCCCUGGCACCCCCUGUGGGUAAAGCCAUCACACAAGUUCAGUACAUUCUCCCCACUCUACCUGCUAACUCCAAGAGUCCACCGCAGAACCUCAGCCAGCCAACCAGCAUCUUCAACCUGCCCACAGCCCCGCCAACACAAGUGGCCAACGGGAAACACCACGGGACGGGUUUACCAGCAGGGUAUACGUCCAGUCCAGCGCUGGGCAUGGUCAGUCCUGGAACCAGAGUUCAAACUCAGUCUCCAGUUCUGCAAGGUAAAAUGCUCGUUUCCAUGCCAACAGUAAGGACCGCAGCAGCCCCUGCCUCGCAGUUUCCUCUUGUGGCUCCGCCUCUUCCUGUCCAGAAUGGUUCCCARUCUGGAAGCAAGAUCUUCCAGUUUGCUCCCAUGCCUGUGGUGCAGUCCCAGCUGCCUCAAGGAGGAGCAGUGCAUCCCUCCAGCCCCUUCCCAGUAACGGUGGGCACAGCUGCGGUGGUAGCUCCAGGGUCAGCCCCUUCACAAGCUGUACUUCUGCCUUCAGCACCCACCAGAAUCACCUAUGUCCAGUCCACUCCUGGGGUCCCAUCCACCCUGCCCCUGGUCUCUACAACAACAGGCUCUUCCCCCACCCAGCAGGCUCUACCAGUGCCUGGAUCUGCAUAUGUUCCCUCACCCUUAGCAACACUUGGCUUUACAGCCAUCGCACCACCUGGACAGACACUGGUUCAGCCGCUGAUCGCAGGUCAGCCUCCCCUCCUAGCCACAGCUCAGUCCCCCCAGCCCUCCACCUCAGCCUCCGCCUCCGGGGGCCAGAUAGUCACAGCCAUCUACCCUCCUUCACCAAGCGUCACCAUGGCAACAGGGGUGGUCUCUAUGGCAGCAGUGCCCCCUAGUGUGGUCUACUCUGUCUCGAGCCCUUCAAGCACUUCUCCUCACAUCCUGCCCAAACACACAGCAACCCCCACAGGCGUGGCGCUCCCACACCCACAGCUCCCUCCAGACAGACAGGUGGACAGACACCCGCCUCCAGACAGGUCUGCUGAUCGAUCCAGCGACAGGCUGAGCGACAGGCAGGCAGAAGUCCUCUCACAUUCAGACAGACAGACUGAGAGGCAGAAGACAACCUCAAUCAGCAGCAGCUCAGCAGCGCCUCCUGGUGGAUCAGCUGUGUCCAUCAGACCCUGCAGUCCUCCAAUUCAGAUCCAAGCACCUGGCAGUGCACACAAGUUAUCACAGCUUCCAGUCAGGAUCCCUCAGAAAGUGAAGGCAAUGGUGGCAACCAUCCCUGUAGGCAGCUAUGAUGGAGGAGGCCGAGGCAAGGACAGGGAGCGGGAGAGGGAGAGAGAAAGAGAGAGAGAACGGGAGAAGGAAAAGGAGAGGGAAGCUGCAGCAAACAGCCAUUUCUCUUUUGAUCCUGAGCCGUUAGUGCAGACAGAGUCUCUAUCAGUGCAUGCAGCUGAGGAGCUGCCAUCCUCUGACAGACCCCUGGAGGGCUCCAGUACUGCAGACUCCUCAGACACCAGGAGCAGGGACAGCACAACAUCCAAAGAGGGCGGGUGGAAGGAGUCUCUCCCGUCCUCUCCUCUCCCCCCUCCGUCGGGCUCAGAACCUGCUCUGCCACCCCCGCAGUCUGACAAAGACUGCCCUACACCCAAAAAGAUCAAAGCCCGCCCACCACCGCUGAAGAAGACCUUUGACUCUGUUGACAAGACUGGCAGGGUUCUUUCAGAGGUAUAUUUCGAGGAGCGGUUUGCAGAGCUGCCGGAGUUUCGACCUGAGGAGGUUUUGCCCUCUCCCACCCUGCAGAGUCUGGCCACCUCGCCUCGCGCCAUCCUGGGCAGCUACCGUCGCAAGAGGAAGAACUCAACUGAUUUGGAUUCUGCCACUGAUGAUCAAGUUUCCCCAAAGAGAAAGAGUCGGCGGCGCUCCAGCUGCAGCUCUGAGCCCAACACGCCUAAAAGUGCCGCCAAGUGUGAGGGAGACAUCUUCACCUUCGACAGGGCAGCGACAGAUGGAGAAGACAUCCUGGCAGAACUGGAGUUUGAAAAAGUGCCGUACUCCUCCUUGCGGCGGACACUAGACCAGAGGAGAGCGCUCGUCAUGCAGCUGUUCCAGGAGCAGGGCUUCUUUCCAUCAGCCCAGGCCACUGCAGCAUUCCAGACAAGAUACUCCGACAUAUUUCCCACUAAAGUGUGUCUGCAGCUGAAGAUCAGGGAGGUGCGGCAGAAGAUCAUGCAGACUGCAACUCCCUCUGACGCCGCCGCUUUAGGCCCCUCAGAUUCCACCUCCUCGCUCCCGGGACCAUCAGGCUCCCAGUCAGGAGAUGGAUCUGCAAAGGGAGGUGGAGACCUGCAGGAUGAAGAGAUGGAGCCAGGGACCCCGGCAAGCCCAGAGGAUCCUCGUGACUCCCAGGACUCUUCUAGAUGAGUGCCGGCGGACAAUCAGUAACUCCUCGUGUCGUACUCUUCCACCCUCCAUGCUUUCCACAUCCAUACUCUGAAUCUGCAGUCGCUGAGCGCGAGAUAUGAUUGUUUGCAAUAUUUGAACUCUUUUUUUUUUUUUUUAAACAUGGACUUUGCACCAAAAAAUGGACAUCUAAAAGGAGUGGCACAGAAAAUCCUACAUUAGCACUAUGUAUAUUAACCCCCUUAGACAGAUGCCAGUGGACGAAGGACCAUCAUGCACGGCUGCACUCAUUUGCCUUGAAGAUGAAACGGUUUUUAUUUUAGAAAGAGAAACCUGCUUCUGCUGAGACAACGAACGGUUUUAAAAGAGUUGGAUCUAUGUUUUGAUAUUUGUUGUGUUUUUAAAUCCCUUUAGAUGAGUAAAGGCAGUAAGCUUUGAGGAACAACCUGUGUGUGAACUCAACUGUUGGGACUGUUUCUGCUGACCUUUGAGGGCUGGUCCCUUAAGAGUCUGAAACACUGACUUAAAAAAAUAAAGAUUUCAGUGGACCUCCAGAGAUCUAUUUCUCACCCGGAGACCUUCAGAGGGGGGCGUUGUACUGAAAAACAGACUUUUGGCGGUGCCAUCAUUCCUGGAGCGACCCUCGCAGACACCAGUAGGUGAGAAGCGAGCAUUCCUGUGCCUCUCGUUAGCCAUGAAGAAAGGAAGAGGGUCAGAGUCACCGGGCACAUCCUGGUUCUUAGAGAGGUCAGACUUCAAAAUGACUUCUAUUGCCAAGCAGUUUUAUUGUGUUUUUUUAAACAUCUUGCUUUAUAUUUAACAUUUUCAUAUUCWAUUUGUUGUUGUACUGUUUUUAUUACCGUAUAUCAUUAAUGAACCCUUGUCCAUUUAUUUUGUUUUGUGGCAGUUUUAUUUCUGCCAGCAUCAGCUUUCAUGUUUGUUUUUUUAAAAUGAUUUUGGAGGCAGGUGCUGCUUCACACCUGUACAUUUCCUCCAUUGUAGUCUUCCCUUGACUGGCCUCUCACCUCAGCAAGGACCUGUGGUGUGAUUCUUUUUACUCUUCAUUUUUACAGGAAUAACACGGACCUUUUAUGUCGUUUCAACAGUAAUAAACCGUAUGUUUUUAGAGAACCUAGUAUGCCUCUUUCCCCCACCAAGCUCCAUUUCUAUAACCUCAACACUUUUUCUACAUCUCCUCCCUGCACCUCUGUCCUCCCCUCCUUCCUCCUUUUGUCACUUUAUUGCUCUCUCCUGACCUCCCUUUGUAGAAUGGUAGAGAAAAAACAAAAGAACCUGGGAAGUAAAGGGAGGUGAUGAAUCAAAGAGAGCUGGUAGAACAUAAUACUGGUUGUCUUUGUGCAAGACUUGGUUGUGUUGUAAAUAAAUACUGUAGAGUCGGUAGACUCAAUAUUGAUAUGGAAAAAAAAAUCUGUCAUUGACCAUAAGUUGACUUUUAAAACAUUACUGAAGAAUAAA